CAGAGAAACACGGCGGGGGCUGAUUAGAAACUUCGUCUCAUCAAUCAGACGACUUAUUUGUUUCGUUGAAUGAGGAGUCGCUAUUGGGGGGAAAACUUUCUCUCCAAACAUUACAAAAUUGAACAUCACGAAAACAACAAAAACAAUAACGUUAUUUAUUUGUUUUAUUCAAUUACCAUUCAGCUGGUUGAGCGUUCAACGAUUGUUUUAGUCCGUCUUUUCAAGUCUCCCUCAGUGUUACCCCUUGUACUUUAUCAAAGGUUGUGUUGAAUUGAGACAAAAAUCAACAAAAGGAUGUGCGUCUUCCGAAUCGGUGGUGGCCUGUAAUCACCUGUAAGCCAGCUCAGUGUUGUCGCCUAUUUACACCAUUCGACACCACCCUCACGUCUUGGCGCCACUGAAAUAGUCGAGAUGCUCGUGGCGGUCUAUUUUCUGUGUGUUAUCGGAUCUUCCUGGGCUCAAGAUGGAAUCAACAACCUACAAGUUCGUACGCCCGACGUUCCAACGUCUCCGAUACAACCUCAAAGAUCUGCACAACAAUUUAGAAUCCCCAAUUCAUUACCGAAUAACUUUCGUUCAUCUGACAGGCCCUCGAUUCAAACAAGCCAAUUUACAAAUAAUCUAGGAGGAUUUAGAACGGGGUUUUCCCCAUCUAGAAUAGGAGCAAACGGUUGGAUGAACUCAAAUGGUCUGCUGAUGAUGUUUCCGACCCAGUCUGGUCGGAUGACUCCAGGAUUUGCCUUCAAUCGUCCAGCUCCAAUAGACUCUGUAAUUCGCCGAUCAACCCUUCCAUUUAUCCCACAAAAUCGUCUUCAGUUUAGCAGGGGGCACAAUCCUGUCGGUUUCAACUUUGGGCGGCGCUUUACAGGGUCAAGUCUAAAUCAUCCGUCAUUGUUGGGGACAAAUCGUCCUAAUCCCAUAAUAUCCAGAAGGAAUAAUGUCGUACCUCAGGUAAACCCAUCGACAACACAUGCAAGAAGGCCUGUAGUAUCAAACAGCGCAACCCAAAGGCUCGUCGACUUUAUUUUAGGGAGAAGGGCUCAAAACACUAACCAGAGGCCUAUCCAGCAGAGUUCACAAACGAACAGUAUAGUGGAGACAUCUAACCCAUCCCAAAGCCAACCGGAUGUUCCAAAACAGACAGGACACACUUCAAAUUCCGAGAGUUCUGCUAACAUAAACGUUAAUCAGGCGUCAUCCAAUUUCCGGUUUAGAUCCAGAUCUGACGAGGAAAUUAGACGAGAAGCACAAGAGAAGUUGAGACAAAUAAAUGAGUUUCUCGCAAGGUCUCCUUCAACCGUAGGACCUCGAUUUGCAAAUACGGGCAACAACCAGGUUUUACCUCCUGCAGCCAGACGCCAUUUUAGCAAUGCCAAUCGCCGUUUAGAACGCCUCGAUCAAAACUCUUUAAGCAAAAGGAUCCUGGAGGCAUUUAAAAAUCGUGACAAAAGUGGUAAAACUCCAGUUGUGGUUGAUGGAGGUUUCUCACAGGACGUUCUGCCACCUGUUUAUGUCGACGGAGGAGUUUCAUGGAGAAACCAGGGCAUUUUGAUUAAUCCAAAACAGCAAGUAAGCUCCUUUAACCUGGAAACGAACAAAGAUCUCGCAAAACUCUUCCCAGUUCCCUCGUAGACCCUGGCGCCGUCAAGCGAAUGAUUAUGACUGAUAAUAUUUUGGACCACAAUCUAGCUCUUCUAGCACGUCAUAUUAACUUAAGUUGCAGAUGUUUUAUCUGCCCUGAUUUAAAAAUAAAAGCCUGACAAUGACCAA